AUGGGACAGAAGAUGAGCGAGAGUCACCAUGUCCAGCUGUUCAGAUUCAACGGAACUGCCACUCGGCAGACCAGCCCAGUUGGAGGCCGGGCAAAGGAGAAAACCGGAGCAGGACUGAGGGGCUCUGUGGUCACGCGGGGAAAGAAUGACGAAAAGGGAGGACCCGCACUGAAGUCACGGCGGAGUAGCUCCAAGUCACUUUACGGGUGA